AUGGGCAAGGCACGCAGGCCUCCACCGGGACAGCAUAGGCAUUGUGAGAGCUGCUUCAACCGGCACUGCCACAUUCCCGUGGAGCCCAAUGUCUCCUGCAUGGUGAUAAACUGCCACCUGUCCUGUGGUGCCACCUUCCACAUGUGCAAAGAGGCAGAGCAUGAGCUCCUCUGCCCAUUGGAGCAGGUUCCAUGCCUCAACUCUGAAUACGGCUGCCCCCUUUUCAUGUCCCGCCACAAGCUGGCCAAGCACCUGCAGGUGUGUCCCGCCAGCGUGGUCUGCUGCUCCAUGGAGUGGAACCGCUGGCCAAAUGUGGACUCCGAAACAAUCCUUCAUAAGAACAUCAUGAAAGAGACCCCCAGUGAGGAGUGUUUGGAUACAGCCCUGGCCCUUCAAGACCAGAAGGUCCUUUUCAGAUCUUUGAAAAUGGUAGAACUUUUCCCAGAAACUAGAGAACCCACUGAGGAAGAACCUACUAUGAAUGGCGAAGCCUGCUGGGAAGAAAUGGGAGGGGCGGUGGGUGGAGCAAAUGCUGCUUUAGUGCCACAUAGCUCCCUGUCGGCCACUAAAGAAGAGAUGGCAGACCUGAGUCAAGAAGAACGCCAGAUGUUGGCCAAAACCAAAGAAGGGAUGGACCUGGACAAGUUUAGCCAAUGGGAAAAUAUUUUCAGCAAAGAACAUGCAGCCUCUGCUUUAACAAACUCAUCAGUGAGCUGUGAGAACAAGAGCCCUAAUGGCCCAGGGAAAGAACAGAUUUCCAUCAGCAAUAACAUGAUAGGAGAGGCCAGUGCCGAAGAGAAAGAAUUACAGGAAGACCAGAGACAGCAGGACUAUCAUACAGCUAUGGAAACAACAGGGCUUGCCCCUUGGCAGGAUGGUGUUCUGGAGAGACUGAAAUCAGCGGUGGAUGCGAAGGACUACAAUAUGUAUCUGGUGCACAAUGGGAGAAUGCUUAUCCACUUUGGUCAGAUGGCUGCUUGCACACCUAAGGAGAAAGACUUUGUCUACGGCAACCUAGAGGCUCAGGAAGUGAAGACGGUGUAUACCUUCAAAGUUCCUGUGAGCUACUGUGGGAAGCGGGCGCGUGUUGGAGAUGCCAUGUUGAGUUGUAAGCCAAGUGAACACAAGGCAGUAGACACUUCAGACUUAGGGAUCGCUGUGGAGGACCUGCCCAAAGCAGAUCUCAUCAAGACCACCCUCCUGUGUGCUUUGGAAAGAGAACUGAAAGGUCACGUCAUCUCUGAAUCCAGGAGCAUUGACGGGCUAUUCAUGGAUUUUGCUACCCAGACAUAUAAUUUUGAGCCAGAACAGUUUUCCUCUGGAACAGUGCUGGCUGACCUCCUAACCGCUCCCAACCCAGAGGGGCUCCAUGUGGAACUCCACAGUGAAUGUGUGACCAGGAGGCACAACAAGAGCAGCUCUGCCUUCACUUUCACCUGCAACAAAUUCUUCAGGAGGGAUGAAUUCCCCCUGCAUUUCAAGAAUGUCCACACAGACAUUCAGUCAGGUCUCGAUGGCUGGUUCCAGCAUAGGUGUCCCCUUGCCUACUUAGGAUGUACAUUUACUCAAAACCAUUUCCGUCCCCCAGGGAAAAAGGCAAAACUAAUCUACAGUCAAGAGCUCAAGACCUUUGCCAUCAAGCCAGAGGUUGCUUCCGAGCUGAAUGAGGGAAGGAAGAACAACCAUCUCUCGGGCCCUGGAGAAAAAGGCCAGAAUUCUCUCACCAGCCUGCCCUUGGAGAUUUUGCAGUACAUUGCUGGGUUCUUGGACAGCAUCAGCCUGUCCCAGCUCUCCCAGGUGUCUGUGCUGAUGAGGAAUAUCUGUGCCACUUUGUUACAAGAGAGAGGGAUGGUCCUCCUGCAAUGGAAGAAGAAGAAGUAUUCCCAUGGAGGCACUUCCUGGAGAGUCCACAGAGAGAUCUGGCAAUUCAGCAGCCUCUUCUCUAAAAUCAACAGCUGGGAAUUUAAUGAAGUCACCUCCAUGUCCGAGCACCUGAAGACGUGUCCUUUCAAUGUUGUGGAGCACAAGACUGACCCAAUUCUUCUAACCAGCAUGUGUCAGCCCGAGGAGAAGGCCCGAGAGAGCUUGGUCACCACCUUUAGAGCCAGACCACAAGGAAGACAAACCAACUAA